UGAAUACGGCCACGGAUAGCGAAUUUUCUCCCGGCCCCGUAUCGUUCUUCCGGAGAUCGGGGAAUAUCCAAAUUGGACGCCUAGUGCCUCGUACCGUCCGUUUUCGGACACGCUGGAACGUCGGCAGCCGCUCGCAACGUUUUCCUGGAUGCCGAGGCAUGCGCCCUAAAAACUCCAGGAUUGAUGUAUUGCAGAGCGCAGAUCUGCAUUUAUUACCUGCUGUGGACAGCGACGCUGAGCUCGAGACUUACGUUGCAACAGGAAACUACUACUACUACGAAAAGUUGGGAUUGCCCUGCAGAAUGCAUUUGCCUUUCCCCAAAGCAGGUUCUCUGCAAUACAGGUGGGUUGAAAGACAUUCCUACGCAGCAGCUGCCUCAGACGGUGGAGGAACUCUCGCUAACAAAAAACAACUUUCCGGUAAUAAAAGGCGACGCGUUCGCUGGCUUGAGAGUCCUGCGGAAACUGACGAUGGAUGGUAACAACAUUACAACGAUACGUCCGUUCGCAUUCCGUGGUCUAAGCAGAUUACACGAGCUCUCGAUUCGCCAUACGCCUCUGCCAUUCAUCGAGAAAUUUUCGUUCGCCGCGCUGCAGAACGUAUCGGUGUUAUUGCUGGCAAACAACAAGAUUCGUUACAUCGAGGGCUAUUCAUUCGUCGGGACGUCUAAUAUACGUGCGAUUCUAUUGAGCAACAAUCCAUUGCUCAGAAUACAAAGCCACGCGUUCUCUGGCUUAACGAACGUUGUCCGCCUAAUCUUUCCAUCGGGUAUCAGAUCCAUCGAACCGGACGCGUUCAACGGCCUGCAGGACGUUGGCCUUCUAAAAUUGACUUACAUGGACCUAUCAUCGCUUCAGUCUUACACCUUCCGUGGCCUGUCCUACGUACACUCUCUGAAUAUUCAGGAAAGCGAUCUGGGCGUCAUCGAAAAGAACGUCUUCAGCGGUCUUAAUCAUGUAAAUCGGCUGAAUAUAUUAAACAACAAAAUCGAUCUUAUCGAGAGACUGUUUCUGAGGCACGAGAACAACAUAGAGUUGUUAAGAUUCCACGGGAAUCACGUGCUAGAAGCGCCCCGCCACGCCAGGGACAUCAAACUUGAAGUUACUUCCAUCAGCGCCAUUGACAAUCAUUUCCCCUGUGAUUGUCAGGCUCAUAACGUGCUCGAGAGCGACUUCGUGAACGGCACUGUAAGCGAGUUUCAGAAGGAAAACUACUGCAUCUCGCCUAUCGAGUACAACGGAAAGCAUAUGAAUCUCGUCGACUUCGACUUAAUCGCCAGGUGUUACGACAAUGUUGUACAGGACAACCUAGGCUCCGGUGUCGUCGGGAUCUUUACGCUGUCAACGACUCUGUUUUUCAUUCUUCUGUUAUCGAUGAACCUUUUUCAGUGAGUCCAGGUUUGCUCCAAGGAGUUACAGUAUGGCAUAUCAUUGGUAUUGUAAUUUGAAUCGUGGGAGAGAAUUUAAGUUGUCGUUUGAAUACAAAGUUAGUAUGUACAGUACUGCACGGUUAACUUUUCACACUUCAUCCCUUCCCCCCUCCAAUCUCUUUCACUUGUAUUAUUCAAGUUCAGUUCUACGAAUGAUACACUAACUUUCACAGUUGAUACCCAAAUCUUAUGAAA